AUGCGCUCUCCAACGCUGAUCCUCCUCACGACCAUGACACUCUCCCUCCUCAUCCGCACCCAGGCCGAGUCCGCCCAAGGCCCCUCCUCCUCGUCACCACAGUCAGUCCUUAUCUCUGCAGACAACGUGUUCACUGCAGGCGCGAUCCCCACCACAGAUGAGCAAACCUAUCCCGUCGGGAAGGGAAUUGUCUACACCAAGACCAGGUACUUCAUCAAUGACACUCCCAAGCCCUCGGACGAGCAACAGCAACAACAGCAACAACAACAGCAGCAACAGGACCAAGGUAUGGAGCCUGAGGAUGAUGUGGACGCGAUAACAUUUCUCGGGAACUUGUUAGGCAUCAAUCUGGGGAUCGAUACCGACCCAGGAAAGGAUCCAAAGAACCGCAGUGGUAAACCCCAUGGGGGCAAUGAGAAGGGAGGAAGGACGGAGCCAAAGUGGGACGAAUUGGUGUUGUAUGGGGAUGAUGGGUAUAUCGAAAGACCCGUGCCCAAGGGAUGCACUGAACUUGUCUUUAGGGACCAGAUGAUCUGGGACCAGCAGGGUAACAGGGGCGAGAUGGUUGAUACACCAAGCAAUCCUGCGAAUACCACACCCCAGAAAGAAAAGCUCUUCGCGGACGGGCUGCAACUGUGUAUUGGGGAUAGGUGUGUCAACGAAAACAACGAUAGGAAGCGACCAAAGAUCAACCAUCGACAAAAAAAGUUCUUGAAGCAUUUUCGGGGUAAGGCAUUGAAGAUCGAUGGCAGCACCGGGUGCCCGAUACCCGCCCAUCCGUAA